CGUGGGACCGAGCUUCAGAUGGAUAUCACCGACAGUCAGAGACUUUGUUUACAAUGCAUUGCUCCGCCUCCGCUCUGUGCAUGCACCGUGCAUGCCAAAGGUUCACCGCAUGCACUGCGUAUUAACGGUAACACGUGUGGCUUGUCACUUCCGGGUUUUAGGGGAGAACAAUAUUUACAAGGAAUUAGAUCAUUAUGGUGACGCUAAUACUCUCCAUCCUCGCUAUUUUUAUGGUGUUUAUUGUUUGUACCGUCAUCUGGGCAGUAUGUAGAUCCAUGGAGCCAACUAAGCAUAAGGUUUAAAUUCAAAAUACCCAAAGAUCAGGACGGAGGAAUCCACAACCAGCGAUGCCGUCGAAAGAUCGAAAAAAGCCGUCCCAUGAUCGGGGCGGUGAAGGACGAUCCCCCAUCAGCUCUGCGGGAACUGGCUCUGUUGAUUCUGCUACCCAAACCACUGAUCAAUACCCUCCGACCUUUAGACGUUCUAACCGGGGAAGAUGCGGGUGGAAAGGACUGACGUUUCUGUCCAUUUUGGUGGCCGUGGCUGCUGUGCUGGCUGGCAACUUCGCAAACAGAAUCAUGAUGGAGAAAUUUGUGAUGGAGGAAAUGAAGCUUACCAUUGGGGAGGAGGGAGUUAGCAUCUUCAAUGCUUAUGAUAGAGAUGGCGAUGGCCAUCUAAAUGUCAUUGAAUUUGAACCUCUCUUAGAAAGACUGAAUAUUGAAGACAGCACGGAGAGAGGAGACUUCUCCUAUGGCGAUGAGGAUCUGGACCCAGCUGAAGAGGUCUUGACUGUAGAAGCACACUUUAUUCCUCUUCAGCAAGACACCAUGUCCAAAUCAAAGGAUCAAUCAUUCUUGACCAGCAGGUCAUCUCUGUCCUCACUGGAUGGCUGGAUGACACCCAACGAACCGGUCACUGCCUUCCCAGCCAGUGCCUUCCGUCCACUCCUUCCAGAGAACCAUGUCCAGGUUGGCAAGGUCUACACCAUCAUCAAAUCUAAACUCAGUAUGAUGACCAACCAGCUGUCCAGUAACCGUUACUACCCACCAAGGGUCAAAGGCAAGGAGAUCAUCAUCCAUAGGCUACUCAACGUCUUCCACUCAAGGCCGUUUGUCCACUCCAGGUUCGGUCCACAGGGUACCGUGGCAGUCGUGAAGGCGGUCAGUGCAGAAUAUCUGGAUAUUGUCUUUAGAACCCAUGCAGAGUUUCAACUGAAUGAGCCACCGAGUCACCCAUUCUGGUUCACACCGGCUCAGUUCAUAGGUCAUCUUAUCAUCAGGAAAGAUGCCUCACACGUCGAGUACUUCAACAUGCAUGUUCCUUCAAACAAGAGCUUGAAUGUUGAUAUGGAAUGGAUGAAUGGUCCCAAUGAAGUUGAAAACAUGGAGGUUGACAUAGGCUUCAUGCCACAGAUGGAACUCAAUGCUCCUAACCCAUCCUCUCAGGUGACUAUAUACUCAGAGUCGGGUGAUGUCAUCUAUGAACCGUCCAAUCAGCAAGAGACUUCAGGUGGGCCGAUCCACUGGGAUGAAGAGAUUGAUAUGGAAGAGGCCCUCAGGAUGUUAGAGAAGGAGAUGUAUCCAUUUAAAAAGAUAGAAUAUAUGCCAUUGAAUGCAGCAUUUAAAAAGGCCCAGGCAGAGAAGAGAUUGGUUCAUCAUAUCUUACUCUGGGGUGCAUUAGAUGAUCAGUCUUGCUGAGGUUCGGGGCGGACUUUACGAGAGACGUCUCUUGAAAGUCCGCCCGUUCUUCAGUUGCUAGGCAACCAUUUUGUCAGCAGCUGGUCACUCGUAGCUGACCUGGAGGUCAUCAAACAGAAUGAAAGUGACCCUCAGUAUGCAGCAUUAGCUUCUAUGUCAUUAGAAAAAUAUAAUUUUCCAGUAGAAAUGCUUGUAUCAUUGCCAAAUGGAACUGUUAUUCAUCACAUCAAUGCCAAUGAUUUACUGGAUGCCAGUAAUAAUGAUAAUGCAGGCAUACUUGAUACAUUCACAGAUCCAUUGGUAACCAACUACGCAAAGUUCUUAAAGGAAGGCAUCAGUAAAGCUGAGGCAGUUGGUUUCUAAUC